AUGUGCGGUCUCGCCAGUGCUGUGGGUGGUCUCAGCAGGGCUGGGCGCGAUCUCACCAGUGCUGUGGGUGGUUUUACCAGGACUGUGCAGGAUGUUCUGAACGAUAAAAUAUCUUAUCCUGAUGGUACUUUUAUGGACUGGGAAUUCAAAAUCUCUGUGAUGUAUGAUAUAGCAAAGGGAAUGUCUUAUCUGCACUCCAGUAAAACUGAAGUCCAUGGUCACCUAAAGUCAACAAACUGUGUUGUAGACAGUCGUAUGGUGGUGAAAAUCACAGACUUUCUUGGAAACUCCAUUCUAUGUCCUAAAAAAGAUUUGUGGAUGUGCCCUGAACACCUGCGUCAAGAUGGAGUUUCUCAGAAAGGUGAUGUCUACAGCUAUGGGAUCAUAGCACAAGAAAUAGUCUUACGGAAAGAUGCAUUCUAUACAGAACAAUGCUACGACACUAAAGAAAAACUUGCAAGAGUACAGAAAUUCAAUGGAGACUAUGCCUUCCGACCAGACCUUAAUUUAGAUUCAGCAGAGGAAUGGGAAAUUGAGUGGCUAAUGGACCAGUAA